CUGCAAUGGACGACGUAAACACAGCAGCUAUUUCAGUAUGGGUGCAUGUUUUGUUAAUUUUAUUGGUACAUCCAUCUCAAGGAAAAUUCUACCGGUGGGGAAACGGUGACAAAAGUGUUGUAAAAUUAGAUUUUAAAAAUGUCGAUCCUCAAAAUGACAAUUUUCUUAGGUUUAAACGCGAAACAAGCAGUGGUUCAAACAUUACUACGGACAGUAGCAUGGGACACCGUGUGAUUAGCAACAAGUUUAUAAUUCCCGAUAAAAAUCAUACACAAGCUGUCGUUCAUUGGUCGGGAGAAGGAAGCGAUGUGCUCUUUGUGUUGACCAGAGAACAGCGGGGUUAUAGUGUAGUAGACAGCACAUUCUGGAGGUCAGCAGAUUAUGGAAAAACAUUCCAGAAGAUAGGUUUUGACUCUGAUGCUGUCCUUGAAAUGAUUUACAAAUCUACCAAUGCUUCAGGGAACAAAAAGAUGAUUGUGACAGACUGUAUCAAUAAGCGUCUUUACUUAUCCUCGGAUGAGGGUUUGACCUGGAGGCGUGUAGACCUACCUUUCUCCCCGUAUACCCUCCUACUCCACCCCUCAGAACCAAGCUGGCUCCUCGGAUACUCUUUGUUUGACAUGCAGUUAUUUGUUAGCAGUAACUUUGGCUCAGACUGGACUCUUCUACAAGAACAUGUGAUGCAGAACUUCUUCUGGGCUGUUGACAAAGAAGACCAGAAUAAAUUCACAGUCCACAUGGAAAUAACAGACUAUCUUGCUUUUUCUGAGUAUAAAGCUUGUAUUGCCCCGGCCUGUACUGAUGUCACGACAGAUAAAAGUCUAGGCACUAUCGAUCCUUUCUCUUUGUCCGUCCAAAAAGAAUAUAUAUUUGUAAAGAAAACUAAAGCUGGAGAACACAAUCCUGAGCUGUAUGUCUCGUAUAAAAGGGGUCCCUUCAGAAAAGCUCACUUCCCAUUGAAUGUUCACCCCAGGGAUUUCUUGAUUGUUGAUGCCAACCAAAAUCAGGUUUUUGUGGCUGCUGACCAUGAAGAGAAUCUGGUCACGCUCUAUUUAUCGGAGCCUAGUGGUCAGUUCUUUGUCCCUACCCUGGAGAACAUCGUCAGUGACCAGGAUGGGUGGUUCCAGAUGGAGAUUGAUCUCUAUGAGGUUAAAGGAAUCCCUGGGACCUAUAUCUCUAACCAGUAUGUUGUGCCUGACCCCACAGGAAGUCAGGUAUCGGAGCGGACCUUUAUCACAUUUGACAAGGGAGGUAAUUGGAGACUGUUAGAACCCCCUGCUGAAUUGAAGUCAGGAUGUAAAAACCCUCAGGCAUGUUCUCUGAAUCUACACCAGACCUACAGUAAGAACAAAUUUGAUAUCCCAAGUAUUGUGUCGAAGCCCGAGGCUCCAGGGCUGAUUCUAGCCCACGGUAGGGUGGGGGAUAGUCUCUAUAAUGGAGUUCAGGCAAGGGUGUUCACCAGCAGGGAUGGAGGCCUCUCUUGGAAACAGGCACCUUUUGUAGGAUAUUAUCAUCUCAAUAUACUGGAUCAAGGGGGAGUAAUUACGGCCAUCCUGCAGGACAACAAGACAAAUAUUGUGUAUUAUUCCAUUGAUGAGGGGUCAACAUGGUACUCACAUGAAUUCGCAGAUGAUAAAAUGAUUGUUGAUGGAGUCCUCAAUGAACCUGGCAUUAAUACCUUGAUGGUCAGUGUAUAUGGUCGUCUCAAUGAAGAAGGCGACAGGCAGAUGGUACAGCUUAACUUUACUGAUGUGUUACCAAAGAAAUGCUCCGACUUUGAUUAUGAAAACUGGACUGUCUUUGAAAGGGGUUGUAUUUUGGGUAGAAAAAUGGUGUAUCAUCGUAGGAAGGCUGAUGCCAAGUGUUUUAAUGGAAGAGAUUAUGAAAGGCCAACCAAAUCCUCUACAUGUCUUUGCAGUGAUAAAGAUUAUGAAUGCGAUUACGGUUAUGAGUUGACUGAUACAGUGAACAAAAUUUGUACGAGGGCAUCUUGGUUUGAUGAAAGCUUGAUCAAAGUGAGCUGUAAAGGAGGACAGGCCUACAACAAAAGCCAGGGGUACAGGAAGGUAGCUGCUGACCAUUGUGUGGGAGGGGUAGAAAAUUCAGAUAAAUACCGCCCCAUUGUAGCCAUGUGUCCCAUCCUGGCUCCCAGUGGACUUCAGCUCAGUGCAGCAAAAUCUGUGUUCCCCACAGGGGAGAAAAUAGCUUUUACUUUGUCACAGGCAAAGGGAUCAGAAGUUGUUACAAACUACACUUGGGAUUUUGGAGAUGGCCAGGUGAUUACAUUGACAGGCCUUGCCAACUCCACCGACAAUACACACACGUACACUAAGGCUGGGAAGUACAAUGUGUCUGUGACUGCCACAAACAGUGGGGGACAGGCUUCCUGUUACAUCACCAUCUCCAUAGAAGAUGUUCUGAAGGCAGUAUACCUGGAGCUGCCCUGGGGGGCACAGUUGGGGCGUAAGACACACCUGAGAGCCUCUCUGUUUAAGGAGGACUUUAAAAACUUUGGACAGGUUCACUUUGUUUGGAAAUUUGGUGACAAGUACAAAGAGGAACCAUAUCUAACAUGGACAUCCUCUGCUUCACAUAUCUACAACAAGACAGGAAAAUAUACAGUCAGUGUAGAGGCGGUCAAUUCUGUGGGGGCGGUCAAGAGAGAAAUGACCAUAGAUGUUUAUGAUCAAUUAGCCACAGUAGAGCUGGAGUUAACAGCAAGCUUUCAGGGUGUGAACAGAGGAACAUUUCUGAGUAGAUCUGCUGCUUCGGAUCUGUUGUCUAUUGAAUUGUCCAAGAUUCUGCACAUUCCUUCAUCACGACUAAUCAUUACAAUUCCCUCUGAUCCAAAGCGUAAUAUGGUUGAUGUUACAAUUCUACCUCCAGACACAAGAGGGCUGUCCAUACAACAGGUGAUUUCAGCACUUAGGGAUAAAGUCCAGAGCCAAGAGGUGAUCUUUUCUUUGUUGACAGAUGCAGAAAAUAUCAUUGCAGGUGUCAGUGUCAAAGUGGUGCAUGCUCACGACAUUCCAUUAUCAACACCCAGUCCAAGGCCUUUCAAUGUGGUCACACCCACUUCUUCAUCACAACACAGGGAGACAGCCAGCUCACUGAGUUCUAACAUUCCCGUGAUUGUGGGUGUGUCUGUUACCAUUACAGUAUUCAUCAUCAUAGGAAUCAGUAUUAUAUUAUAUAGAAGGAGGAAUAAGGUGAAAAAAGAUCAUCGUUACUCCUUGAUAAUGAACAGGUCACAAUUAACACACACUGACGAGGAGGACGAUUUUAUGGAUGAAGAUGAUUUUAUUGAAGGAAUUGAUGAUUAUAUAGAUGGUGAAGAUAAUACAGAUGGCAGCACAAAUAUUGUUAUAAAUACAGGUCGACAUCCUACAUUGGUAAUGAUGACAGGGGGUCGCCCUAACAACAGUCCAGAUAAUGCCUCUAUAUGCUAGCACCUCAUAGUUUAUGUAUAUAUUUUUAUCAUUCUCAAUUCAAAUUUGUUCGCAUGAUAUCCACAUUCAUGAAUCAAUUGUGUCAUAAUGAUAAUUAUAAGCAACUGUUAGAUAUACAAUACAAAAAGUGUUCAUUGUGUUGACUGAUCAAAAUCUAUUCUUUUUCCUAAUGUUAAAUUGUACUUUUAAUUA